GUCUUGCAAUCCCAAACUCCAAAAUGUCUUGGCUUUCAAUUCCACUCCCAAAUCCCUUCAAAUCCCAACACUCAGAUGAUGAAGUGAAUUCAGCAGGAAUUGAAGAAGAAGAAGAAGAGAGCUCUUCUCAUGGCGGCACAGUGAAAGAGGACCUAUCGGAGCUGGGGAAAACUAUUGGUCGGCAAUUAUGGGGAGUCGCCUCUUUCCUUGCUCCUCCUCCUGUCAGCUCUUCUUCUGAGACCCCCUUGGAUUCCACUUCUACCACCCAUGAUUCUUCUUCUCAGAAACUUCUCGGCAUUCGCAAUGAUUUCGCCGAGAUCGGUGGCAGCUUCAAGUCUGGGCUUUCUCUACUUUCCACCAACAAAGCUGUUAAUGAGAUCUCUCGUUUGGCCUCUAAUUUCUUGCAGUUCCCCAAGGACGGUGAUGAUGAAGAAGGUGAAGAUGUUGAUGAGUCUUCUGUGGAGGAUCAUGGUGGUGACAUUGUUGGUGUUACGGAGGAGGUUUUGGAAUUUGUUCAAAAGAUGUCACUGCGACCCGAAUGUUGGACGAAUUGCCCCCUUUCUCUUGAUAAUGAUUUUGAAAUGUCUGAAGCUCAACUGGAACAUGCUUCUAGUGUUGAAGACUUGGCUCCAAGUUUGGCGGCUCUUAGGGUUAGGCUUUGCCCAAGCCACAUGAAUGAGGGACAAUUUUGGUUGAUAUAUUUUACUCUGUUGCACCCAAGGCUGAAUGAACAUGAUUCCAAGCUUCUAUCAACUCCACAGGUUAUUGAAGCAAGAGAUCUUUUGCUUCAGGAAGUGCAAAAGAGAGUGAACGAACAUGUGGGUAGCUCGAAGAAUGAUGAUUCAUCCAUAGAAGUAAGGGAUAAUGACACUAAAAUUAAAGAAGAGAGCAAUCCAAUUCAGGAAAAGGAGGUUUUGGCAGAGACUGUGAAUGCACCACUUCACAUAGAAACUGGUGAACAGGAAAUCUCUGAACAAUGGUUUGAGGAAGAAGAUGAGACAGAUGCUUCUAUUGCUCCCCAGAAACAGCUUGGAUAUGAGGAGGAUAUUUCCUUCAGCGAUCUGGAGGAGGAUGACGAUGAUGAUACAUCUAGUAGACAACGGGCCUUGAAUACAGGAAAGGAUGUAGGAGUUUCCUCACCAAAUGGCUCGAAUGAGUGGGUUCAACUGAGUGAAAAUUCUGACUCUUGCAAGAAAAAGGUAGUCCAACCAAUUUCUCGGGACAAAGAUUCAGAGGGUGAGGAGUCAAAUGACUGGCUUACUGUUGAUGGUUCCGAUUGAAUGCAUAGGAACCUACGUGAAUAGUUCGUGUAAAGUUCUAUGCCAUUUUUUCUUGUUUAUAGUUAUAGCUCUGAACCUGCAAAAUAAGCAUCUUUAUUUAGAUUGAUAAUCAAUCAAAAUGAAUUGACAUGAUCAAUCACUUGAUAUUUUUGACCGAAUUUGAUGGAUCAUUAAUGUGUAUUUUGUAUAUAGUUACUGUUGGGUG